AUGGCUUUAACCUGGCAAGAACGAGGGCUCAAGAAGAGGGAAUCCACUCUUGCGAAGAUCCCAAUAGAAUGGCGACUACCUGAGCCGAUACCGUCGGCGGAGGCUCAAAAGGACGUUACUGGGCCGUACGUCCAGCAGUUCCUGUCUGCACGAGAGAUUGAAAUCACCGAAAGUGACGCCGUCAAAAUCACGGAAAACACCACGACUGGCAAAUGGACAGCAACAGAAGUCGUCACAGCCUUCUGCCAUCGAGCCGCACUGGCUCACCAGUUGACUAAUUGCCUGCACGAAAUAUUCUUCGACCAGGCCAUCGAACAUGCGAAGAAUCUUGACUCGGCAUUCGCCGCUGGCAAUGGUCCUACCGGCCCACUCCAUGGACUUCCCGUGAGUUUCAAGGAUCAAUUUCACGUCAAAGGCGUCGAGACAACCAUGGGCUAUGUGGGAUGGAUCAACACAUUCGAGGGCGUCAAGGGCACUGGAAAGGAGAAGAACGUCGAGAGCGAGUUAGUGCGCGAAGCCAAAGCGCUCGGGGGAAUACCAUUUUGCAAAACUAGCCUUCCACACACUGUUAUGAGUGGGGUGACAGGCAACAAUAUCGUUGGGUUAACCCUUAACCCUAGCAAUCGCCUGGUGAGUUGUGGUGGGAGUUCGGGAGGAGAAGGGGCCCUCAUCAGCAUGCGUGGCAGCCCAAUUGGGUUCGGUACAGACAUAGGUGGCAGUAUCAGAAUUCCUUCGGGAUUAAACGGACUGUAUGGUAUUCGACCUUCAUUUGGGCGCCUCCCCUAUGUGGGCGCGGCCAACAGUAUGCCAGGCCAGAACAGCAUCCCUUCGGUUUGCGGGCCCAUGGCAACAUCAAUUGGGAGUUUAAGAUUAAUGAUGCAAUCCAUACUAAGUCAGCAACCAUGGCUCCACGACCCAGCGGUUGUCAACAUGCCGUGGCGAGAGGCAGAGUUUGCCCAGGUCCCCGCCGAUGGCAAGCUCACGUUUGGCCUGCUCUUCAGUGACGGGGUUGUCAACCCUCAGCCUGCCGUCAAGCGGGCGUUUGAAAAAGUGGUUCAAGUCAUCACUUCAAUGGGCCAUGAACUAAUAGAGUGGGAUCCUCCUUCUCAUAAGACUGCCGUGGCAUUUGCUUUUGAAUCGUAUACUGCCGACGGAGGCCUGGAUAUCUGGCAUCACACCGGACUUUCAGGAGAACCGCCCCCACCAUUCGUCGGAGAAUUAUACUACGGCGACGAUGGGAAGACGAAAGCGCCAAAGACAGUCGAUCAGAUCUGGGACACCAACGUCAGGCUUCGACAGUAUCAGAAGGAAUAUAUGGACUAUUGGAACAGAACCGCAAAGCUGACCAAGUCAGGUAGACCGGUUGAUGCUAUUCUGACCCCAGUGUCAGCAGUAGCGGCAUUCACAUUCGACAAGCAGAUUCCCAUCGGAUAUACGCCUUGGGUAAACACACUAGACUAUACGUCGGGCGUGUUCCCCGUCACCAAAGUUGACAAAGACAUUGAUGUUCGUGACACCAACUAUCAACCGAUAAGUGAUGAGGAUAAGGAGCGCUGGGAGCAAUAUGACCCAGAAUUGGAGCACGGAACUCCAGUUGGGAUGCAACUUGUUGGGCGUCGAUUCCAAGAAGAAAGAAUCAUUUGUCUAGUAGAGUUAAUCUCUGGAGCUCUAGCCACCAAGUAA